CUCAUUGCAAUUCACUCAUUCUUGUUGUUUCAUUGUUGAAACAAAGUUUUGUAUACUAUUAUGCCUGUUUUUUCGAAAUGCGUUUACAAUGAGAAAACUAAAGAACUUAACUCUGAGGUGCACCCUUUCCAUGCCCUGUUGGAGGUCUUGGAAAAGGAAUAUUUGAUAAAAUGAAGAAAUACGGUGAUGAUGACUUAAUCGCACAGAUUGAUGGAGAAACUGGCGAAGAAGAAUCAUACAAAGCAUUCCUGAAUAAAUGCAUUAAACUUGCAUUAUACAUGAAACAACAAGGCAUUCAAAACGGCGAUAUUAUUUCAAUUUGUUCCGACAAUACAAUGAACAAUUCCGCCGUGUUUUUAGCUUCACUUUUCAUUGGUGCAAUCAAUGCUUCAACAGAUCCCAGAUUCUCGGUGAUUGAAGCAAAAUAUCUUUUAGGAGUAGUCGAACCAAGAAUGAUUUUUGCUUCUGAAGACACAAUAAACCUCAUAAAAGGAGCUGUAGAAGGCGAAAACUACAAAUGCAAAUUAAUAGCUCUUUAUAAAGACGACACCUUGGAAAAUAUUCCGGAAAUAUUAAACCAAUUCACUGAUAAGGAAACGGAAAUAUAUGAACCUAUUUUUGUUAAUGAUACAUCGUCAACCGCAUGUAUGAUGUUUAGUAGUGGUACUACCGGUUUGCAUAAAGCAGCACGCAUUAGUCAUGAUGCACUCUGUGCUGAUUUUGAUGCAAUCUUUCAUAACAGUUUACCGUAUAUUAUUCCGCAAAUGAGAAUAACUGGAUAUGCUACACUCUUCAGCCUUUGUGGAGUAUAUUUUACUCUAGCUCCGUUUUUCUGUGGUCAUAUUAAAGUUAAUAUACAGGAAUACAAGCCAGAAACUAUGUGGGACCUUAUAGACAAACUUAAAGUCAACUUGAUAUAUUUACCAUAUUCACAAGCAAUGGAUUCACUACCGCAUUUAACGCAUUCAUUACCACAUUUAAAGUGUCUAGGAAUAAUUUCUGGACAAAUUGCAGCUAUAUAUUAUAAAGAAUAUAAAGACAAACUUCCUAAUACACAUAUUGUUUAUGGAUAUGGAAUGACAGAGAUUGGAUUCGCCACAGUUCAAUAUGGAGACUGCGCGGUUGAAUCAUCAGGCAAACCAGUACCUAAAGAUGUCAUUUUCAAAAUUGUUGAUCCUGAUACGGAAACUGCUUUAGACUUAAACACAGUCGGAGAAAUUCGUAUAAAAAACAAAACAGCUAUGUGUGGAUAUUAUAAAAACACCACAAUAGAUGUCUGGGAUAACCAAGGUUUUCUCAAAACAGGAGAUCUUGGAUACUUUAAUGAAAAGUAUGAACUCUUUAUUGUGGAUCGGAUCAAAGAAAUGUUUCGAUUCAAUGGUAGGCAUACAAUUCCUGCAAGAAUCGAGAGGAUCCUACGAGAACAUCAUGCUGUACUUCACGCUACAAUCAUUGGAAUACCAAUAAAUGACAAUGAUCAUCAUGCAAUGGGAAUUGUGGUACUUAGGGAUGGUUAUUCAGUAUCUGCUGAUGAACUAAUCAAUUUGGUCAAUGAUAGAAUGGAUGUUAUGCAUCAGAUUCGCGCGGGGAUUCAAUUUCUCGCUGAUAAUGAGAUUCCUUACACUGUCACCGGGAAGAUUGAUAGACGUAAAUUGAAGCAGAUGUAUUCAAAUUGAUUAUGUUGAUCUUUUUAAUACUUGAUACAAUAUAUGAACUGAAAUAUUUGAUAGAGAA